AUGUUCGACAAGCAGAUUGGGGGAGGGUGUCAUGGCUGGAUCCCCAUGGCCAAAGAUGGUCUUCUUGGCGCAGUUUGCUUUGCACACUGGGCACGGGUGGCUCUACAAGCACGACAAGCGCGCACCGAGGAGCACUUCAAAGUCAAGUGCCAGAGGCUGCAGGAGGCACGCGGCAGACUUGCACGCCGGGGCCACCGCGUGGCGGAGCUCCUACUGGAGGUGCCCAGAGAGCAGAUCAGGCAGAAGGUCUUCCAGUGCUGGCAGGAUUCUUCGAGGCGCAGGACUCGCCAUGCGCGCAUGUCCGCUCAACUCGCCCGAGUCCAAGCACUAGUCGACAGGAGACCCAUGACGACCGCCGGUGUGUGGGAUCCGAAGCAACAUGGCAUCGCCGCCUUGGCGAUGGGUCCGGGUCGAAAGGUCCGGACCACCCGGCGUCGCACGGUCCGGGUGCGCUUUCGACCCAACCUGGCCGACAUGAAGAGAAAGUCCUCCUUCUCCCUGCUGGACCAGAUUAAGCGGCCCAUGCCUGGUGAUGAGGAGGUGGACGGCGACAAAGUGAAGUUGGAGAAGCUUUGGAAGCUCAUGGAUACCUAUGAGCCCAACGAUCCGGAAUCGAUCCAGAAGUCCUUCGCAAGGCAUUUGGAGUAUUCCUUGGCUUGCACUCGUUUCAACUUCACCAUGGAGGACGCCUACCGCGCGGCGGGCUUGGUGCUCCGGGAUCGGCUGUUGGAGUCCCUGAACGACACCAACGACUACUACAGGAAGAUGGACGUGAAGCGUGGGUACUACCUCUCCGCGGAGUAUUUGAUUGGCCGUCACAUGCAGAACGCGAUUGCGAACCUCGACUUGGAGCAGCCUUUUAAGGAGGCCUUCAUCGGACUGGGCAUGGAGUUGGAGGAGCUCUUCCAUGAGGAGGCGGAUCCCGCGUUGGGCAACGGCGGCCUGGGGCGCCUUGCUGCAUGCUUUCUGGACUCCAUGGCGACCUUGUCGUUGCCCUGCUGGGGCUAUGGCAUUCGCUACAGCUACGGGAUGUUUAAGCAGGAGAUCCAGAACGGACGCCAGGUGGAGUGUCCGGACUUUUGGAUCGGCGAUGGGUGCCCCUUCGAGAUCCCUCGACCGGACAUCACCUACCCGGUGCGUUUGUACGGAGAGGUGACCCACGGGGAGGAUGAGAAGGGCAACUGGUGCGUGAACUGGGUGGGCGGCGAGAUCGUUCAGGCCAUGGCAUACGACAACCCCAUCCCGGGCUUCGACACCUACAACACGAACAACCUGCGCUUGUGGCGCGCUUGCCCCUCCAAGGAGUUCGACUUGGACAUGUUCUCGGCCGCCGCGUACGCCGACUCCGUGGAGAGCCGCCGCAAGGCGGAGGACCUGUCGGCGGUGCUCUACCCCAACGACGCGACCUACGAGGGCAAGGAGCUCCGGCUGCGACAGCAGUACUUUUUCGUGAGCGCCUCCUUGCAGGAUUUGCUGCGCGACUUCAUCAAGAGGCCCAACUACAAGUGGUCGGAACUCCCGGAGAAGGUGGCCGUGCAGAUGAACGACACCCAUCCCACCAUUGCGGUCGCGGAAAUGAUGCGCUUGUUGGUGGACGUGAUGCACGUGCAUUGGGAGGAAGCUUGGGAUCUCACCACCAAAUGCUUGAACUACACCAACCACACCGUCAUGCCGGAGGCGUUGGAGAAGUGGCCGGUGGAGAUGAUCGAGCGCAUGUUGCCCAGGCACCUGCAAAUCAUCGGCGAGCUGAACCUUCGAUGGAUCAAAGAUCUCCAGAAGAAGUAUGGCGACCAUUCGCCUGUGAUCUCGGCCCUGAGCAUCUUCGAGGAGGGCGACAUCAAGAAGAUUCGCAUGGGAAAUUUGGCGAUCAUGGGCGCCAACAAGGUGAAUGGUGUGGCGGCCAUUCACACCGAGAUCAUCAAGAAGGAGACCUUCCCUGAGUUCUACAAGUACUGCUGCGACAUUGGAAAGCCAGAUAAGAUUGUGAACAUGACCAACGGCGUGACGCCCCGGCGCUGGGUGCACUGCGCCAACCCCGCGCUGAGCGCGAUCUUCACCAAGUACCUGGGAUCCCACGAGUGGCUCACUGAUAUGACCAAGCUGAAGGGCAUGCUCAAGUUCAAGGAGGACUCGAAGCUGCACUCCGAGUGGAUGGAGAUGAAGAGGGAAUGCAAAGCCAAGUUGGCGGCCUUCGUCAAGGAGAAGUGCGAUUUGGAUAUUGAUCAGGACGCUUUGAUCGACAUCCAGAUCAAGCGAAUCCACGAAUACAAGCGCCAGCUGAUGAACAUCCUUUACGUGAUCCACCGAUAUCAGGAGCUCAAGAAGAAGUCCCCCGGAGAGCGGGAGAAGACCCAGAAGAGGGUGGUCCUCAUUGGUGGCAAGGCGGCUUCGGCCUAUGUGAAUGCGAAGAUCAUCAUCAAACUCAUUAGCAAUGUGGGGAAGGUGAUCAACAAGGAUCCAGACACCAGCAAAUAUCUCAAGGUGGCCUUUGUGCCCAACUACUGCGUCUCCGCGGCGCAGGUGAUGAUCCCGGCGUCGGACAUCUCGGAGCACAUCUCCACCGCAGGCACCGAAGCCUCCGGAACGUCCAACAUGAAGUUCGUGAUGAACGGCGGCCUCAUCGUCGGUACCAUGGACGGCGCCAAUAUCGAGAUCCGAGAGGAAUGUGGUGAAGAUACGAUGUUCAUCUUCGGCUGCUUGGAGCAUCAGGUGGCGGACAUCGCGGCGAAGGCCAAGAGUGGGCACUAUCCCAUCGACUCGCGGCUGCAGGCGGUCUUCCAGGCGAUUCGCAACGGUGACUUCUCCCACGGGGAACCGGAGGCUCAGGCGGAGUUCUGCUCGUUGGUCGAUCGGCUCUGCAACAUCCAAGCGGCCGGAACUUGGGAUGGUGAUAAGUACCUGGUGAUCUCGGAUUUCCCCAGCUUCAUCGACGCCCAGGCGCGGGUGGAUGCCACUUACGCGGACAAGGCCAAGUGGUGUAAGCUGAGCAUCCAGGCGGCCUCGAGCAUGGCCAAGUUCUCCACCGAUCGCACCAUCAAGGAGUAUGCCGAAGUGAUUUGGGGGGUGAAGCCCGCGGUGAGGCCCUUGGAGGACCGGUAG